UCUGCACGUGUCACCAAAAUUGUCAACGAUCUUGAUACAAAAAAUAAUACACUGGAGGAAAUCGAAAAGACCUUUACAAAAAGUUUAUGGCAGAAUUCAAUACUAAAAUCUCUAAUGAAGUCACCACACGCCUUUCUGAAAUUAUCCGAUUUUGACCAACAUUAGUGUGUCCAACAUCGAUAUAAAAGUGUGCAAAUCAGAAUCAUGUGACUUUAGAAUCCAUAAUUAUUACAUUGAGUCAUGAGUGGCUUAGUACGGUACAAAUCGAUAUUUAUUCGCUUAAACUUCUUAAAACUGUAUUAUCAAACCAUGUCAACAACAUUCACUACUGAAAACACAUUGGAAGCUGAAAACGACUGGUCUUUGUUGGGUUUUUUACUCUAUCGUCAACAAUGCAGUGAUUUUCUACCCAAUAAGAGCGAAGAACAUCAUCGAUAUUCCUUAAACCUUAGAGAAAUAAUGGGCUGUGAAGAAACACCAGUACAUUUAUUGAGACGGGCUGGCAGAGCAAUUAGUUCAAUACAGACGGAAAAGAAAUCACAGCUUAUAGACGAAUUCUGGAAGAGUGCUACAUCGAUGCAAAGGCGGAAGAUAGAAGCUGUAGCUGAACGCGAGGCUUUGUUGAAAUGGACGGAUUGUGCAGGAAAAACUUACGAGAAGAUUAGAGGAUACGGACCUGGGUCUUCAAAAAAAGGACAAUGAACCAAACUUCAAGCGGAAAAAAAUAGAAGAUUUCUUUCCCGUUCGUGCUGUCACUCCAUCCACUGAUAUGAAUAAUGACUAUACGGACCAUGCUGGCGAAAAAUCAGUCCCAUUAAGUCCUCCACAAGACGC